GGUCAGACAAAGUGACUUAUUUCCAUUGAUGGAAGUAGAGAAGUGCCCUUAAACCCCGCAACAAGCAACAGCAGCAAUAGUAACAGUAGCAGCAGCAGCAGCAACAACAACAGCAGAAACAGCAACAACAGCAGCAGCAACAACACAACAACAGUAACAACACAACAACAGCAGCAGCAACAACAGUAGCUCAUCCCACCUACAUGGCGAGGAGGAGAGGCACCUGGAUACUAUAAUUUAAGAGUUGAUAAUGGGUGAUCAGGUGAAGCUGGUGCUUGCCGGCGUGUUGAGUGCCCUGCUGACCUGUGGUAUGUACGAGCAAGUGUUCAACAUUGAGCCCAACAAGUGUGAUAUGACCUACAUGUACCAGCUCCCUCAGUAUAUUCCUAUAAAACUUCCUUCACAUGUGGUUGAGCGUUUCCCAUACUAUAGUUUAUAUGCAUAUGGAGAAGGCCGCUAUUCUGAAUCUCUGAAGAAAGGCCUUUACACAGGCAUUCCAGUUCUCUUCAUACCUGGAAACAGUGGUUCCCAUAAACAGGUGCGGUCUUUAGCAUCCGUGGCAUUUCGCAAGGCUCUUGAUGAUGAAACGGACUUUCACUUCAACUUCUUCACUGUAGACAUCAACGAAGAACUGGGUGCAUUCUAUGGUCCAGUACUGGAAAAGCAAACUGAAUUUGUUGCCAUUGUAGUGAACCGCAUCCUUGAGUUAUAUACCAAUGCCACAGUCAUUCCCAAGUCUGUUAUCCUUGUUGGUCACUCAAUGGGAGGUAUGGUGGCGAGAGCGGUAUAUACACUGGACACUGUAGCAGCCUCUAAAGUGUCGCUCAUCAUCACACUGGCCACACCACACACCCGCCCAGUACUUGUCCUGGACCAGUACCUCGAGCAGUUUUAUGAGAAAGUAAACACAUAUUGGAUUAUGGAACGUUCAUUGGACUUAAAGGAUGUCGUCUUGGUAUCUAUUGGAGGUGCUAGAAAUGAUGUUCAAGUGCCAACCUCUCACACCAUCACACCUCUUGCUGAUGUUGCAACUACUACCACUAAUGUGCCUUCAUGUUGGAUGACCACUGACCACCAGGCUAUUGUUUGGUGCAGACAGCUAGUGUUAGCCAUUGUACGAGCUUUGUUUGACUGUGUUGAUCCAAACACAUUAAGGCUCACGACUAGCAGAAAGCUCAUUACUGAUGUCUUUGAGUAUCAUCUCUCUAAGAGAAUCACUGGAAAACGCUACAAGAGUUCCUUUUACUCUCCCACAAUUGAGUUGAACAAGGAAGGAGACUGGAAUGAAAUAGUGAAAAGGCAGCACACUCACAUAGCUCAAACAACACCCUCUAGAACGUACCUCAUGAUCCCUCUGAACCCUGGCCAUCAGUUAUAUCACGAAGCAGCUAUCGUUGCAACAAACUUAGACAAUAAGCACUGGGUCGCAGCUUGUAACGCUAAUUAUGUACACAAAGGGAAUCGGAUUUGCUUGACAGGAGAGAACCUUUCGAACUAUACAAAGAAGUUAAAGGGUAAAAUGAAGACUGUGGAGCUGGACCUGGAGUCCCUUGGUGCAACUGGUCAUACACACAUCAUUGUAAGCAUUCCUGCUACAGAUGAAAGGGUGGAGAUUGCCAUCGAUGUGCACAGCAAGACCGGACGGCAGAGGACCAUCGAUGUACCAGCUUUUUUUCGCUCUUUCAUACAGACUUUAAUUGUGGAUACAACUCCUCAAAAAGCUCUGUCUUACAAUGUAACUCUUAGAGGUUUAGAAGACAUGUGGCAGUCGUUCAAACUAAUUCUUCGUCCUCGUUCAGCUUGUGCAACAGAGAAUGUUCCUAUGGCUAAGAUGUACUUACCGUGGGUCCAGAAAGAGUUUUACUUGCAGAAUAGCGGUCCAGGUGUAUCUUACAUUGCCGAGAUUGACAUCCCACGCCUUGAUGAUAAUUCCUCCUCUAGCAUCCAGUUUAUUCUAAACCCUGCGUGUACUUACUCCAUACUUAUUCAGGGAAGCUUUGUUGGUGUGUUUCGACGGCUAGUAUGGCUUUACGGCUCGCAGAUUCCAUCAUACUGUGCGGCACACCUCCUCCUCACCCUUGCUAAGCAGCUGCGGACGAUUGGCAUUGAUGGUUACUGUCCAUCCUUCUUUUCAUCCAUGCUUACCCUCUCACCAUUGGCCAUUGUUCCUUUUAUUAAGAUCAGCAGCAUUAUACUGAAAAAUUUUGAUGUAUCUGAUGACAUUAUCAUUAUGAACAAUAAUGGAGAGGAACUGGCAAUACUUCCCAUCCUCUUGUUCUUGGGAACUCUGCCUUUAUCCCUAGCCACGGGUGCAGCCACCUGGGGCCUGGUCCUUCUCAGUGGCAAUGCGGCACACACUUUUGUUCUUAAGGUGUUGGGGCAUUCGCUGGGUGGAAGAGACGUGAUAGCUGACCUUGCUGUAUCAGGACUGUCUCGUGUGCCAAUUGUGGUUGGUGUAGCACUCAUUUCUCUGGCUUAUUCUUCAUGUGGCACUCUGGCAUUGUUGUUAGCUGGCAUAUUUUACUUCAUAAAGGUUUUCAAGUUAUAUGAAGAUUACAUAGAGAGAAUUUUAUUGGGACUAAUACCUGGUACAUCAGGUGGUGAAAGUUCUACUGAUCGAGCUCUGUCAAGGGUUCACUUCAACAUGACCAUCAUGAUGUUGGUGUUUGUUGUGGUCAUCCUUAAUAUGCCUACUCUCAUUAUUUGGAGCAGAUUAGUAAGUAACAAUCUACCACUUACGGAAGACCCAACACUGUCAGUAACAGUCACCUUGCUAGUCACUCUUUGUUUCCUGUGGCAGAAGAAGCUCCCAAAGACCGACAGGAAAUACUACAAAGUGGUUUCAUGGGUAAUACACUUCAUGGCAUGUAUAACACUGCUGUUUGGAAGUAUACACAUAUACCGGGUGCCAUACUUCGUGACGGGAGCCCUGGUGUUGCUUGCUGUGCACCAGACUUUAGCUCCUCGGGCAUCUAAUGAUGACAGUGACGAUGAGGACGACGAGCAAGACCAUGACACACCUAGCAGAAGCAGCCAUCCAUUUAUGGCUGAAAUAGGAAGAGAGAAUGGCUCCAACACUGAGGGUAUUCACUCUGAGGUGACCACACCUGGCUCUGAUACAGGUACUUCUCAAAGUACUGCUGGGUCAGCCAGUGAAUAAAAUAUUGUGAGGCAGGUGCACAUUGGUGUGGCCCAAGGCAGGUGCACACUGGUGUGGCCUGAGGCAGGUGCACACUGGUGUGGCCUAAGGCAGGUGAGCACUGGCGCUGCUACAAGUCUUUUGUUAUAAGUUUCCGUUAUGUACAGUACAUAUUGUUUUGUUGGAACGUUGCAGGAUGUGUAUUUUAACUGAGCACUAAUCAUAAGUACAUGUAAUGUACUAGAUGAGCUGUUUCUGCAUUUGGUGAGAGAAUGUAUCACGUGUGUGUGUGUGUGUGUGUGUGUGUGUACAGUAGGGCCCCGCUUUACAGCAUUCUGCUAAUAUGAUCAUUUCAGAUUAUGACCAAAACUCUCUAUACGGCUCCCCCCACCUGACUCUAAUAUGGUCACCGUGCCCCACCCAGUUUGUUUACAUUCUCUGUGAGCUCCGUAAGCACUACAUCUCUCCAUUAUGUCUGCAAACUCCAAAAUUUCAAGUGUUUUUAACCCUUUGACUGUCGCGGCCGUAUAUAUACGUCUUACGAGGUACCGUGUUUGACGCAUACAUACUCAUAAAUUCUAGCGGCUUCAAAUCAAGGAGGAGAAAGCUGGUAGGCCCACAUGUGAGAGAAUGGGUCUGUGUGGUCAGUGUGCACCAUAUAAAAAAAAUCAUGGAGCACGCAGUGCAUAAUGACAAAAAAAAAAACUGACCGUUUUUUUUAAUUAAAAUGCCGACUUUGUGAUCUAUUUUCGUAUAGUAUUUAUGGUUGUAUUCUCGUUUUCUUGGUCUCAUUUGAUAGAAUGGAAAACAUAUUAUAGAAAUAGAGGUGAUUUUGAUUGAUUUUCCUAUAAAAAGAACCUGGAAAUGGGGCUCAAAGUAGGGGAAAUGUUCGAUUUUUGCCGAUGUUCAAAAGUAAACAAAUGAUGUCAUUGUCCAAUAAAUGUCCAGCUAGCCAUUCUAAUAUGCAGUCAUGAAUGGGUUGGUGUUAUUUACACAAUUAUUACAGUAUUGCAGUAGUCUGCAUAAUAGUAAAUCUUCUAUU